AUGGAACCUAAACGUAUCUCUUUGUAUUGUUCAUUCAUUGCUAUCAAGAUAAAAGAAAUUCAAUUGUUCGCUUGUUGUUCACAAAUAAACGCAUCAUGUAGCAAGACCCGAAAAAAAAGAUUUUUGAAAGCAUUUAUGACGACAAAUCGAACAGAUGGUGAAGUUUGUUAUGCAAAAUUAAGGAAGUUUAGAAGACUUUCGAAAACGUCACAACAUCAUAUUCAAUGUAAUGAAAUUAAAAGUGAAGAUAAAUGA